AUGAAGUUCUCCCUCCUUGCGGUGCUGGCUUUGGUCCUAUUUGCAGCUCAAGCAAAUGCCCUGUACUGCUACACCUGCAACUGGGAACAAAGCAACUGGAGCUGCCUGAAGGCUGAGAAGUGCUCGGACAAGGACGAGUACUGUGUCACCAACGUGGCCUCCGUAGGAAUCGGCUUUUUGUCCCUUUGGAAGAGGAUCACCAAGAAGUGCUCCAGCACCUGCCCACACCACAACUUCCUCCUGGGCCUGGCCACCUACACCUCCUACUGCUGCCAGAGCUUCCUGUGCAACCUGAGUGCGUGCCCAGGGCCCCGGCUGGCUCGCCCAUGAGGUUCCAGGGCGUCCCAUUCCGUGGCCUUCUUCACCUGCCUGGCGCUGCUGGGAGAAGGUGGACCCUGAAGGACUGAAGAGCUUGGCCAGAUUCCCCCAGGAGGGUGUGGACGUCAAGCAUGAGGAAUAGAUAAAGU